UCGAUCGCAUCACCACGUUUUCCAUUUCCAUGCACAUCAUAGUACACAUACUUGGAUAUCUAUGUACUCCGACAUAAACCCUUCACAGCUUUGCCCUUUCCUGUUCCUUCUGCUUCAGAAUGCGCACAGCUCGAAUGGCCCGCCCCGCACGACUGAUGCUUUCACGGCCGAGUUGCUCACUGAUCCACCAACCAACAUUGACCAUCUGGUCAAUGUCUAUGGUCCCAUUGACUGUGCCGUCGACAUGAUACUGUGAUCCACGCAGCGCAUAUAGAACAUCCUCCGUUGCGACAUUACCCGUGGCUCCCGGUGAGUAUGGACAGCCUCCGAGACCACCCACCGAGGCAUCGAUGGUGCGGACCCCAUGUUCCAAGGCCGUCAUGACGUUGGCGACGGCAGUGCCGUACGUGUCGUGAAACUAUAGAGAAAGGCAUCCAUGAGCGAAUCUCGUGAGCGGAAACUACUGCUCUUACAUGACCCUGCACGCCUCGUCAGUCGCUAGUCAUGAUGGCAAAGCUCGACUACGCACCGCCAGUCGAUCGACUGGAACACUCUUCUUCACUUCUUCGAGCAUUUCAGACACAUUCCUCGGUGUUCCCAUGCCGACUGUAUCGCCCAAGCUCACUUCAUAACAUCCCAUAUCCAUCAGGGCCUUGGAGACAUCCCGCACUCUCUUGUAGUCCACCCAUCCUGAGUACGGGCAAGCGAUAACCACACUCACGUAGCCGCGUACGCGCAGGCCCUGUUCCUGCGCUACCUUGACCACCGGCUCUAAACGCUUCAGCGAUUCGCCCGUCGUAGUAUUCAAAUUCGCUUUCGUGAACGCGUCGGUGGCGGCGGUGAAGAUAGCUAUCUCAUCGGUCAAAGGGGGAUCGGCUGAAGUUUCGGAUAACAGUGUAGUAACCGCAUCCAGCCCCUUCUGAUUCGGCACGAGCACGGGGUAUUCGACGCCAGGAAACCGGUGCAUUUGCUUAAGCACAUCUGCAGUGCCUGCCAUCUAGACUGUGUUUGAAAAUAGCACGCAGAACUGAGGUAUCAAGCUUACCUGUGGCACCCACUUUGGGCUCACGAAACUCCCCGCCUCGAUGCUCUUCACGCCCGCUUUGCCGAGACGAGUGAUGAGUUCCGCUUUGACGCUCGCCGGUAUGACGCCCUUUUCGUUCUGUAAUCCAUCCCUCGGCCCGACCUCGACGAUUUUGACUAGGUUGGUGGCAGUGGCAGUACUUAGUGUGCGUCGGGCAAGGGUGCGGCGAGAAUGCGAAAGGAGCCGGGACAUUACGGACAUGUCAGGUCAAGUGCGGGGUAGCUGGUGGCAGUGACGAUCCCACAACAGUCAGGAUUUCGGACGUGCUACCGUGCAGAUUCCUCACUUGCAGGCUAGUUGCAAUGUUUCACAUAGACUCCCCCUCUAGUUGAGCAGUCUAUCUCGGAACUACACGGCACUUGGAAAGUGGAGGUAAUGAAAGCGCUAAUCCAAUGCCACCCUUUGAUGGCAUGCAAACUCUUGACGUCACCUGUCACUUCUAGCACAUUCUCUACGAUUCGCGCACAAUCUAGGCAGGGUGGGCUGUGACACGUAUAUAACGCACUCCGCACAUCUCCGUCCUUCACUUUCUUUUCUUCUCAUCGUAUAUCUACCAUGGGUGCCGACUACUACAAGCUCCUGGGCAUCGACAAAGAUGCAGAUGAAGCGAAGAUAAAAUCUGCCUACAAGAAGAUGGCCUUGAAAUGGCAUCCAGAUCGAAACGGAGGAUCUGAGCAGGCAUCCCAGAAAUUCAAAGAGAUUUCUGAAGCAUUCGAAGUAUUGAGCGACAAAAACAAGCGCGCAGUCUACGACCAGUUUGGAGAGGAGGGUCUGAAAAAUGGAGGACCCACACCGGGCCAGGGCGGCGGACCCGGUUUCUCUGGGUUUAGUGGUUUCUCUGGUGGACCAUCGACGCAGAGCCGACCCGGUGCAUCAUUCACAUUCACUUCCAGUGGACCUGGAGGGUUCUCUGCCAGCGACCCCAACACAAUCUUCGAGCAAUUCUUCGGCGGCUCUGGAUUUGGAGGCUUCUCCGGCAUGGGCAUGGAUAAUGGCAUGCGUGGUGGGAUGGGUGGAGGAGCUUCUGGCAGGAGGAGGACCGCGCCCCACAUGCAUGACGACGACGUCGACAUGGACAGCCCCUUCAGUUCAUUCGGUGGAGGGUUUGGCAGUAUGCCAGGCGGAAUGGGCGGUGGCGGGGGAGGUGCAUACCGGUCCCAGCCACGGGCAUCAUCACACCCCACCGAGAUCACGAAACCACUCAAGCUGUCCCUCAACGAGCUGUACUCUGGAACGACGAAACGACUUAAGGUCGGGCGACGAUUGUUGAAUGGUGCGACGGAGGAGAAAGUGCACGAAAUCGUCGUUCAGCCGGGAUGGAAGAGCGGCACGAAAGUGCGUUUCCCACAAGCAGGGAACGAGAUGCCGGACGGAGAUUCUCAGGAUCUCGUCUUCGUGGUAGAGGAGAAGCCACAUCAAACCUUCGAGCGAGUUGGGAACAAUCUCGUCUGCAAAAUUUCCAUACCACUGGUUGAAGCGCUCACUGGUGGUGCGGGACGAAAAGUGGUCGAAGCUCUCGAUGGCAGGAAGCUGCAGAUCACAGUGCCUCCCGGUGUUGUUCAGCCGGGACAGGAGACGAUUGUUUCUGGGGAAGGCAUGCCUGUUCGGAAAGCGGGAAGCACUCGAGAGAAGGGUGAUCUCAUUGUACAGUGGAAGGUGGUCUUCCCGACUAGUCUGACUCCAACACAACGAGAAGCGGUCAAGAAGGCUUUAUCCUAGAGGAAAGGCAAUUUUACUGGUCGUUUUUAGCAGAUGUUUCCAAACAGACUCGUAGGAAAUUGUAAUUAGAUUUGUUAGCAUUGCUCUGCAUGUACUGUAUAUUGUAUCGAUUCAUCUCACAUCAAUUGCGCGUUGUCAAAU